CAAAAUACGUGGAGGAUUUUCCCAUAUAAAAAUGACAUAUGUCCAUCUUCAUGACAACUAUUUCAAUCAAUAAUCACCAUUUUAAACAAACUCUGAGUAAAAAAUGGAAGAUGGUAUGAGUGAUAUUGCAAAUUUUGGAUUCUCCAACUCUGGAGAAAAUCAAGAAUUGGAAGAAAAAAAUCAAGAAAAUGUUGGAGAAAUGAGAAAUGGAAAAGAAGGUGGGGUUAUUAAUAAUUUAAUUUCCAAUAUAAUGAGUCCAAGAGCAGGGGAACCUAAAAACAAAGAAAGAAAUGAUCUUUUUGAGGCUAGUGAUAAGGAGAAAAGUGUUGAUGAGAGUAAUGGAAGUGGAGGGAUAAUUAACAAUUUGAUCUCCAAUAUUUUUCAUCCAACUAAUGAAAAUUCUGCAGAGAAUCAAGAAAUAGAAAAAAUUGAGAUGAAGAAAACAGAGGAAGAAAGUGGGAGUGUUUUGGAUAAUAUUAUGUCUCACUUGCCAACUCCUCUUGCAGAUGAUGCAGUUCCAGCUACAGAUGAGGCUUCAAUACUCAUUCAUUCCAUUGUUCAUGACUAGUAUAUAUACAUAGACUAUAGUUAAAUUCACAUUGUGUUCACUUCUGCCUGCUGGGCUUAUUAGACAGGUGUGUUUUGGUUCGCAGACAAGUUAUGUUUAUCAGGUUUUCUUAUUGAUUUGUUGUAUUCAUUUGGAUGUUUGAUUUUGAUUACUCACGUGGAGCUGAUUUAAUCUGAAACCAACACCUCGAGUUUUAAG